AUGUCGCAUACUCCGCGUAACUUAUCAACACCUGUAGAGUUUGACGGUAGUCAAUAUGAUACUGACGAUGACGAACAGCAACUUACAGAGGUAACCCCACUCAUGGCUCGUGAUGUCUCAGAUUCACGACCUGGCAAAAAAAAAGAGACAUGGUUAACAUUUAAAACUCGACUUAGAUAUUAUGUUCCAGUUUUCAGUUGGUUACCAACUUAUUCGUUACAAACUUUUUGGGGAGACUUUGCUGCCGGUUUAACCGUAACAGCUAUUUUGUUGCCCUCUGCUUUAUCAUAUUCCGUGCUUGCAAAGUUACCGCCUGUUCAUGGUUUAUAUUCGGUUAUCAUUCCUGGAUUAAUUUAUUCUUUUCUCGGGACUUCAAGACAAUUAGUCAUUGGCCCUGAAGCACUUGUAUCUAUGCUUGUGGGUUCUUCUGUAUCUCAACAGCAAAAAUAUUUAGGCAAAGAGGGUGAUCCAGAAACCGCAAUUAUGAUUGCAGGUCUAGUCACAUUCUUUGUGGGCAUCUUGACAUUCAUUCUUGGUAUCGUUCGGUUAGGAUUCUUGGAUUCUGUUUUAUCACGCGCUCUUCUACGUGGAUUUAUCUCGGCGGUAGCGCUUGUGAUCAUGAUCGAACAAUUCUUGACCAUGUUCCGCUUAUCCGAUAUGGCCGCAGAAGAUGGAAUUGGUCACGCAUCAUCGACAGUUGAAAUAUUUAUCUAUAUUAUCACACAUCUUCACCUCGCUCACAGACUAACAACUAUAGUAUCAUUCUCAAGUCUUGCUUUUCUUUUAUUAUUUGGACGACUCAAAAAAAGGAUCGCCAAGCGAUGGCCAAAUGUGCAAUUCAUACCAGAGAUCUUGAUAUGUGUAAUAAUAUUUACAAUCCUAUGCAAAACUUUUGAGUGGAAUAAAAACGGGGUUUAUAUUCUUGGAUCAGUUAAAGGAAGUGGAUUUAGAUUCAGAAUUCCUAUCGCACCAUCCUUUCCUCAUUUAAUAGAUUGUUUUGAAACAGCUGCUUUGAUCUCGGUCAUUGGCUUUGUGGAAUCUAUUGUGGUCACAAAAACUUACGCGACGAAGCAUAAUUAUGCUGUUAGUGCAAAUCGUGAGCUAGUUGCUUUGGGUACUGCAAAUCUGAUUGGAAGUUUUUUCCAAAGUUUCCCUGCUUAUGGUGGUAUGGCAAGGAGUGGUAUCAAUGACAGAGCUGGUGCUAGGACUCAAUUAUCAGGGUUCAUAAAUGCUAUUCUCGUACUUUUAUGUUUGUUUUUCCUUCUUGAUGCAUUUUAUUAUUUGCCGAAACCUGUAUUAGCGUCAAUUGUUACUGUUGCCGCUAUAUCAUUGUUAGACGAGCUUCCCCAUGAUUUAUAUUUCAUGUACAAGAUCAAAGCAUGGAAAGAUUACGCUUUACUUCUUUUGACAUUUUUAUCCACCAUCUUUAUUUCCACCGAAUAUGGCACGUUAAUUUCGGUCGCAUUAUCAUUGUUACUUGUUGUUAAACAUUCUACUUAUCCACGUAUCACAUUAUUGGGUAAGAUAGGUGAAACAGACAAAUUCAAACCUAUCAAAGAUUUCCCAGAUCAAGCAGAACAUGUUGAAGGAGUACUUGUGGUCAGAAUCGCUGAACCUUUGUACUUUGCAAAUACUGGUCAACUUAAAGAUAGAUUAAGACGUUUAGAAGAAUUUGGUGAUAUGAGUGUUCAUCCUUCAGAAGAGGCUCGAAUGUCUCCAAUUGAAAACGUGAUAUUUGACAUAGAAACGAUGGAGGAAGUUGAUGCUAGUGCCGCACAAAUUCUUUUAGAAAUUGUUGAAUCAUAUCAACAACGUCGGGUUAAAGUGUAUUUCGUGAAAUUGCGCGAGAAUCAAAAGAAAUUAUUUGUACGCGCUGGUAUAAUGGACAGAGUUGGUCAUGAUCAUUUCUUUAAGCGAAUUCCUGAUGCACUUUAUUAUAUUAAUAGAGGAGGGUUAAGUAUUGGUUAA